AUGCCCUUGAGAUGGCACGCACCUCCGUCCGUCUGCCUUCUCACUCUCGAUGCCUUCGUGCUCAGCGUCGCUCGCCUCACACAUGCCAGACGGGGAGGACCAAUGGCGCCAGCCUUGCACAAGCCAAUGUGCUGGCGGCUCCUCCGUAGCUUUCUUGGUGCCAGGCGGUAGCGAGGACAUGGCGUCGACCGGAGCUCCAUUGUCUGCCUGCUCGCCGCCACAAGUGAUCGCCAGCAAAGCCGACAGUGUGCAGGGCGCAGCUCACUCCACUGUUUUCACUGCCAGCAGUGCGGAAUAUGAACCAUAUACCUGCAAUGGCUCUGUUGAUAUCAAAGGCAAUCCAGCAUCGAAAAAGCAUACUGGAAAAUGGAGAGCCUGUUACUCAAUUCUUGGUGGUGAAUUUUGUGGUUCUUUGGCGUACUAUGGUGUUGGGACGAACCUGGUAAGUUACCUAACAAAGGUGCGGAAGCAGAGCAAUGUCACUGCGGCGAGCAAUAUAGCUUCAUGGCAGGGAACCUGCUACCUCACUCCCCUUCUCGGAGCAUUCUUGGCAGAUUCAUAUUGGGGAAGACACCGCACAAUCGUUGUUUCCCUCACAAUCUUUACCAUUGGAAUGGUUCUAUUGACACUUGCAGCAGUAAUUCCAGCAAGCACUCAUACAUUGGAGAUAUCUCCUCAGGAUGCCCUGCCUUCCCUUGGCCUUUUCUUGACUGCCCUAGGCCUAGGUGGCAUCUGGCCAUGUGUCCCCACAUUUGGGGCUGAUCAAUUCGAUGACACUAAUGGAACAGAGAAGAUGCAGAAGGGGCUCUACUACAACUGGUACUACUUUGCUGUCAACGGCGGCUUCUUCUUUGCGAGCACACUCCUCGUGUAUGUUCAGGACAACUGGGGAUGGGCAUGGGGAUUCGGGAUCCCUACACUGUUUUCAGUGAUUGGAAUUGCUGGAUUUCUUGCCUGUAUGAAGCUUUACAGGUAUCAGAAACCAGCAGGAAGCGCACUCACUAGGAUUUGCCAGGUUGUGGUUGCAGCUGUCCGGAAGGUCCAUGUGGAUGUGCCAAAUGACAGCUCUCUUCUUUAUGAAAUGCCAGGCAAGGAGGCAGCAAUUGUAGGCAGCAGGAAGUUGAUGCAUACUGAAGGACUAAGGUUCUUUGAUCGAGCUGCCACCAUUUCCUCCUCUGAAGAAACAUCUUCUGCUGACGUGCCUAGUCCAUGGAAGCUUUGUACGGUGACACAGGUGGAGGAGCUGAAGAUCUUGGCAAGAAUGUUGCCUGUCCUACUAGCUGGCAUAAUUUUCAACAUGGCUGAAGCUUUCUUCCCUCUCUUCAUCGAACAAGGAGAGGUCAUGGACAACUACAUAUACGGUUUUUCAAUUCCUCCAGCCUCAUUGACGACCUUCAACUGCCUAUGUAUCCUCAUCCUGGCCCCUUGUUACAACAAGGUUAUCAUGCCAAUGCUGAGCAUGAUCACUGGCAUGAAGAGAGGCUUGACUGAACUACAACGCAUCGGUGUCGGUCUGGUUUUCGCUAUGCUUUCUUUGGUUUCAGCUGCGCUGGUUGAGAUGGCGCGCCUUAAAAUCGUGGACGAAAGAGGCCUAGUGCAUCGUAGCACUGCAGUCCCCAUGAAUAUCCUGUGGCAGGCACCACAGUACUUCUUCGUUGGUGUAGCGAAAGUGUUCACCGUUGUUGGUUUCAUUGAGUUUGCAUAUGAGCAGUCACCUGAUGCCAUGAGAAGUUUGUGUCAGGCUUGCUCUCUCAUCAUGAUCACCCUUGGAAGCUACCUUGUCUCUGUGAUGUUAAAGUUCAUGGAUUCAGCAACAGUGGGAAGAGGGCGACAAGGAUGGAUCCCUGAUAAUCUCAAUGAAGGUCGUCUCGAUCGUUUAUUCUGGUUGAUGGCAGGGUUGCAGCUUCUGAACCUUCUCACGUUUGCAUAUUGUGCCACGAGGUACAAGCGCAAACUAGCUAAUACUUGAGUUUGUUCUAGUUCGUGCCAAGGAGUGCUUAUAUAUCGAUGUUUGCUGUAUAGUUACACCUAUGUUACAUGCUGCGUGUCCUCAAAAUUUCAACUUACAUUGUAAGUUUUUAUGGAAGGACCGAAAGGUUUUGGAUACUAGUACAAGUACCACUUCUUCAAUCAAAGAUAUAACAGUCCAGUAAGAUUGUAUUUUUUUAACAAAUGAAAAGAAUCCGAUUCAUCCCUUACAAAGCAAGGAAAUCAUAACAAUUAUUGCAAACUCUUAACUCGACACAAUGAAAAUCCAACUUAAAACUCAAGCCUAUCAUUAUUUAGCCAUUCAAAGGAAGCAAAGAAAUGUAUUGCGCUAGGUACACUUAUCUGAUA